AGCUGCCAAAAAACAACCCCAGAAGAAGAAGAUCUCAGUCCGCAGUGUUUUAUAGAGAAACAGGAGCUGAUCUGCUGCAGAUUGGAAUGAUCUCUCGUCGCGAGUCUUCUGCUGCCUCUGUGUCUGUUUUCUCUUAUAUUUCUUAAGAACUACUUCCAAAUAUACCUCAACAAACUCAACAGAGAUGGAUCUCUCAAUGCCAUCAAAACAAAUAAAACUCGAAGAAGGACUUUCUACAGAAAUAAAACUCGAGGACGGACUUUCUAGCAGUUCUGUGGCUCAAGAGGAAUUUUUUUGUGUUUCUCCACAAGAACCGACCCAAACCAAUUCAGGAAAAGGGAUGCCUUUCCACUGUUCAGACUGUGGAAAGAGUUUUAUGAAAAAGAGUGCUUUUCAAACGCACCAGCGCAUUCACACUGGAGAGAAACCGUAUCAGUGCUCAGACUGUGGAAGGAGUUUUACUCAGCAGAGUAAUCUCAAGAAACACCAGCGCAUUCACACGGGACAGAAACCAUAUAUGUGUUCGGAGUGCGGGAUGACGUUUAAUCAACAGAGUGCUCUUCAGGCGCACCGGCGCACUCACACUGGAGAAAAACCGUUUCAGUGCUCAGAGUGUGGACAGUACUUUAGAAAGACUGAAACCCUUAAAAAACACCAGCGAAUUCACACUGGAGAGAAACCCUAUUACUGCUCGGAGUGCGGGUUAAGUUUUACAGAGAGUAGUCAACUCAAAAGUCACCAGCGUGUUCACACUGGAGAGAAACCGUAUCACUGCUCUGAAUGUGGACAGAGUUUUAGAGACAGUGCUAACCUUAAGAAACACCACCGCAUUCACACUGGAGAGAAACCGUACCAGUGCUCGGACUGCGGGAUGAGUUUUACCGAAAGUGGUUCCCUUAAAAGACACCGGUUCAUUCACACCGGAGAGAAACCGUAUCACUGCAUUGUUUGUGGGAAGAGUUUUAACCAACAGAGUGACCUCAGGAGACACCAGAGCGUUCACACUGGAGAGAAACCGUAUCAGUGCUCAGAGUGCGAGAUGAGCUUUAGAGAGAGUGGUCACCUCAAAAAACACCAGAGAAUUCAUACUGGUGAGAAACCGUAUCCCUGUUUGGAGUGUGGGAUGAGUUUCAGGGACAGUGGGAACCUUAAAAAACACCAGCGAAUUCAUUCUGGAGCAAAACCGUACCACUGCCCAGACUGUGGGAAGGGUUUUACGAAACAGAGCGAUCUUCAAAAACACCAGCGCAUUCACACUGGAGAGAAACCAUUUCAGUGCCCAGAGUGUGGGAUGAGUUUUAGAGAGAGUGGUACCCUGAAAACACAUCGACGCAUUCACACUGGAGAGAAACCGUAUCAGUGUUCAGAAUGUGGAAAAGGUUUUAGAGAAAGUGGUAACCUCAGAAAACACAUGCGCAUUCACACUGGAGAGAAACCGUAUUGUUGCUCAGAGUGCGGAAUGAGUUUUAGAGAAAGUGGUACCCUCAAAACCCACCAGCGCAUUCACACUGGAGAGAAACCGUAUUACUGCUCAGAUUGUGGAAUGAAUUUUAGAGAGAGCAGUAACUUUAAAGCACACCAGCGCAUUCACACUGGAGAGAAACCGUAUCAGUGCUCAGAGUGUGAGAUGAGUUUUAGAAAAAGUGAUAGCCUCAAAAAACACCAGCUGAUUCACACUGGAGAAAAACCAUAUUACUGUUCAGAUUGUGGGAUGAGAUUCAGAGUGAGUUGUACCCUCAAAACACACCAGCGCAUUCACACUGUAGAGAAACCGUAUCACUGCUCUGAUUGUUGGAAAAGCUUUAAUCAAGAAGUUGAUCUUCAAAAACACCAGCGCGUUCACACUGGAGAAAAACUGCAUCAGUGCUCAGACUGCGGGAAGAGUUUUAGUCAAGAGAGUGCUCUUCAAACUCACCGGCGCAUUCACACUGGAGAGAAACCGUAUCGCUGUUCUGAGUGUGGGAUCAGUUUUAGGAGAAGUGAUUCCCUCAAAAAACAUAUGCAAAUUCACACUGGAGAGAAGCUGUAUCCGUGUUCAGACUGUGGGAAGAGUUUUGAUCAGGAGAGUACGCUUAAAAGACACCGGCGCAUUCACACUGGAGAGAGACCCUAUUACUGCUCAGACUGCGGGAAGAGUUUUAAUCAAGACAGUGCUCUGAAAAGACACCAGCAAAUUCAUAGUGGAGAGAAACCGUAUCAGUGCUCAGAGUGUGGAAAGGGUUUUAAUCAGCUUAGUAAUCUCAAAAGGCAUCAGCACGUUCACACUGAAAAUCUAAAGUAGAUGUUUGGACUCGUUGAAGUAUGACUGUUCUUUUAUAAGAUGCUGUUAAUUAGGCUCUGUUCACAUUACCAGGCUAAAGUGGUUCAGAUCUGAUUUUUUCAUGACUGUGUGAACGUGCCAAUUCUGAUUUUUUCAAAUCCGCUUCGAGUCACUUUCAUAUGUGGUCCUAAAUCACAUACGUAUCCGAUCCAUAGACAUGCGACAUGAAUGUGAACAGUCAAAUCUGAAUUCAUGCGUCUUUUUGCUUUUAUGUUGUCAAAACUAAAUAUUGUCAUUUAAAGUAUUUAUAUGCAGAAAAUGAGAAAUGGCUGAAAUUUUUUCAUGCAUCUUGGCAUCAUGUUCUCCUCCACCAGUCUUACACACUGCUUUUGGAUAACUUUAUGCUGCUUUACUGCUGGUGCAAAAAUUCAAGCAGUUCAGUUUGGUUUGAUUGCGUGUGAUCAUCCAUCUUUUAAUCUACAUUUUGUUAGUUAGCUAGCUAGCUUACCUCAUUAGGAAUUAUUAGUCUUUUUAAUAAUAAUGCCCUGUAGCAAAAUAUAUACGUUAUGUAUUGUUGAUUAUUGACUAAUUAUUAUCUAAAUAACUUUAUGGCAAUUAAAAGGGUUUAAUUGUGCAUGUUCAUUGAAUUUUCAGUUUUGCUACUACUAAUUAUUUGUAUUCAACGUAUAAAUGGGUGAAUUCAUUAAUGAAUAAAUAAAAUGAACAUGAAAAGUGUAAAGCACGGUUUUUAUUAAAGUUAAAAUCUCAGUAUACAAAUAAAAAUGAUUCCUAGUAUAAGACAUAUUCAACAUAUUCACUAUUUGUGUUUGACACAGAAGGAAUUUGACAUUCAUCAUUUACCCUAUAUAUGCUGUAAAACUUGGAUAGUAAAUUUAACAGUGAAAUGAUUGCAAUUUAUUAUAAUAUAUU